AUGAACACCAGACAGGCUAUUGAUGAGUCCGUGGGACCUUAUUCCCUAUCCACUACCUUCAACAGUGAUAACAGCUGCUUCUCUAUUGGGCUGGAUACCGGGUUUUGUGUCUUCAAUGCGGAUCCAUGUGAAUUGAAAGUAUCAAGAGACUUCAAUGCUGGCAUCGGUUUGGCGGUCAUGCUUGGCCAGUCGAAUUAUCUGGCCAUUGUUGGAGGAGGAAGAAACCCCAAAUUCCCUCAAAAUAAGUUGGUCAUCUGGGAUGACGCCAAACAAAAAGCGGUCAUCACGCUCGAAUUUCAGACAUCCGUACUGGGCGUCCGGCUAUCCAAAUCGCGGAUCGUUGUUGCGUUGCUGAACAGUAUUCACAUCUUUGCAUUUUCUAAUCCUCCGCAGAAGCUCUCAGUGUUCGAGACAACCGACAAUCCAAUAGGUUUGGCCUGUUUGGGACCGACGUUACUUGCCUUCCCAGGACGAUCUCCCGGACAGGUUCAGAUCGUUGAACUUGAGACUGGUAACGUCAGCAUUAUACCUGCUCAUAGCACAUCUCUACGAGCCAUGGCCUUGAGUCCCGAUGGAGACGUGCUGGCAACGGCAAGUGAAGCGGUACAGUCAUAA